GGCGGAGCUGGCUGUGCGUUGGAGGCCUUGAGCUGGACGGCUGGGCCGGAGAGAGCCAGCCGCUUCAGGGGACACUGAGUGAGGAGACGGUCGUCGGCUCUCGGGUGUAGCUCUGCGCCCGUUGGGGCUGCGGAGGCUUGUUUUUUUGUUUUUUGUUUGUUUGUUUUAUUUCCUGUCCCUCGGUGCCGGCGUGUCUGUCUGUGUGUGUUUCUGUGUGUGUAACCCGCGGCGACUUCCCUCGUCGCCCCUGCUUCGGAGGUGUCUGCGCAGGCCUCGCGUCUGCCACGAAGCUCUGCUGUGGAACGAGCGCGCCUACUUUGUCGCGAAGCCCCGAACUCGUCGACGCUCGGCGGUGAGGCAGGGGAUUCCCUGCGACCGGAGGGCGCUUGCGCGGCUCCGCGAGCUCCGGUCCGGGCGCCUGCGCGAGCUUCCCCCCGGCGCCGCCCCCGCCCCUCUUAGCCGGCCCCUCAGCAGGGCCGGAGCCGCCGGCGGCGGGGCGGCGGGGGCGCCCCGAUGAGCCCCGAGUGCGAGGAGCCGCCGCCCCCCCGCGCAGGGCGCCAUGUUUUGGAAGUUUGACCUGCACACAAGCUCUCAUCUGGACACGCUGCUGGAAAAGGAGGACUUGAGCCUGCCUGAGCUUCUGGAUGAGGAGGACGUGCUGCAGGAGUGCAAGGUUGUCAACCGGAAGCUCCUGGACUUCCUGCUACAGCCAUCCCACCUGCAGGCCAUGGUGGCCUGGGUCACCCAGGAGCCCCCAGCCAGUGGUGAGGAGCGGCUACGCUACAAGUACCCUAGUGUAGCGUGUGAGAUCCUGACCUCUGAUGUGCCCCAGAUCAACGAUGCCCUGGGUGCAGAUGAGUCCCUCCUGAAUCGUCUUUAUGGCUUCCUGCAGAGUGGUGACAGCCUCAACCCACUACUUGCUAGCUUUUUCAGCAAGGUCAUGGGCAUUCUCAUCAAUCGCAAGACAGACCAGCUUGUGUCCUUCCUGCGCAAGAAAGAUGACUUUGUGGACCUGUUGCUGCGGCACAUCGGAACCUCAGCCAUCAUGGACCUCCUGUUGCGCCUGCUUACUUGUGUUGAGCGGCCCCAGUUGCGGCAGGAUGUCUUCAAUUGGCUCAAUGAAGAGAAGAUAGUCCAGCGGCUAAUUGAGCAGAUUCACCCAUCAAAGGAUGACAAUCAACAUUCCAAUGCAUCCCAGUCCCUGUGUGACAUCAUCCGCCUCAGCCGGGAGCAGAUGAUCCAAGGCCAGGACAGCCCGGAGCCAGACCAGCUGUUGGCCACCUUAGAGAAGCAGGAGACCAUCGAGCAGCUCCUGAGUAACAUGUUUGAGGGAGAACAGUGCCAGUCUGUCAUUGUCAGUGGGAUCCAGGUGCUGCUGACCCUCUUGGAGCCUAGGAGGCCAAGGUCUGACUCUGUGACCAUGAACAACUUCUUUAGCAGUGUGGAUGGGCAGUUGGAGCUCCUGGCCCAGGGAGCCCUGGAUAAUGCAAUAUCCAGUAUGGGUGCCUUGCAUGCCCUGCGUCCCCGGCUUGCCCGUUUCCAUCAGCUCCUGCUUGAGCCUCCCAAGCUGGAGCCUCUGCAGAUGACAUGGGGCAGCCUGGCCCCACCACUGGGUAACACAAGGUUGCAUGUGGUCAAGCUCCUGGCCAGUGCUCUAAGUACCAACGCUGCUGCCUUGACACAGGAGCUCCUGGUGCUGGAUGUGCCCAACACCUUACUGGACCUCUUCUUCCACUACGUAUUCAACAACUUUCUGCACGCUCAAGUGGAGGUGUGUGUGAGUGCCAUGCUGAGUUCCGGGCCCCCUCCAGACAGCAGCUCUGAGACACCUAUCCCAAAUCCUAUCUUGAAACAUCUCCUGCAGCACUGCCGCUUGGUGGAGCGCAUUCUGACAUCCUGGGAGGAGAAUGACCGUGUACAGUCUGGAGGGGGCCCAAGAAAAGGCUAUAUGGGCCACCUGACCCGGGUGGCCAAUGCUGUGGUGCAGAAUGCAGAACAGGGACCCAAUGCUGAACAACUGGGGCAGCUACUAAAGGAGCUGCCAGAAGAUCAGCAGCAGCGGUGGGAAGCAUUUGUGUCAGGACCCCUGGCCGAGACCAACAAGAAGAACACAGUGGAUCUGGUGAACACUCACCAUCUCCACUCCUCCAGUGAUGAUGAGGAUGACCGCCUCAAGGAGUUCAAUUUCCCUGAGGAGGCUGUAUUGCAGCAGGCCUUCAUGGACUUUCAGAUGCAGCGCAUGACCUCAGCCUUCAUUGACCACUUUGGCUUUAAUGAUGAGGAAUUUGGGGAGCAGGAGGAAAGUGUGAAUGCACCAUUUGACAAGACUGCCAACAUCACCUUCUCCUUAAAUGCUGAUGAUGAGAAUCCCAAUGCCAACCUGCUUGAGAUAUGCUACAAGGACCGGAUCCAGCAAUUCGAUGAUGAGGAAGAAGAUGAGGAGGAAGGCCAAGGCUCAGCAGAGUCAGAUGGUGAAUAUGGUGCCUGGCAGGGCAGCCAGCCAGCGAGGGCAUCCCAUGCAGGCCAGCCUCCUGGUGUCCGGAGUGGAGGAAGCACAGACAGCGAGGAGGACGAGGAGGAUGAGGAGGAAGAGGAUGAGGAUGAGGGGGCUGGCCAGGCAGCCUGUGAAAGGACCAGCCCUUCCUCCUUCCCCAGCCCCGGCCCUCAGCCUUCUGGCCCAAGUUGGACAGCCACUUUUGACCCAGUGCCUAUGGAUGCCCCAACAGGACCCUCAGUUUCCAAGGAGGCAGACACGUCCUCUACCCAGAUCCUGACCAGCCCUCCAGCCCAUGAUGCCCCACAGCUCAGGUCUCAGGACCCUACACCCCCCUCAGCACCUCAGGAAGUCACAGAUAGCAGCAAAGUAGCAGAGCCUUUGGCCCCCUGCCAGGCCUUGGUUAGUGUUGCGGAUGUCCAGGCCACUCUUCAUGGGAUGUGCUCUGCCCCCAGCUCCUUGGACAGUGCAACCAGAGACCCCUCUACCUCUGUCCCAGCCUUCGAGGCCUACCAGUCCCCCCAGACUGUGGAGGGAGAAAAGAGCCUAGAACUUUUGGGGUUUCCCCAAAGCCAGAGUGCCCAGGGCCUUGAGAUACCCAAUGGCUCUACCACAGGAGAGCCUGUUUCAUCGAGUUCCCAGUAGCUGCCUGGUGGCAGUGGUGGCCAAAUCUUCUGUCCUCCCCAUGGAAUCCCCCAGUGGGGCAAGAUGGGUCCUUUGGUGGACCCCUGCCCCAUUAUCCCAUAUCCCACAUUCUCUCCUCUGGACUCCAAAGGAGGCUGGUGCCAGGGAGUACCCUCCCCCACCCCCAUUUGCACUGAGAAGAGAAACUAUGGAGCCUUGUCUCCUAGAAUAAAGAUAGAGAGUCACAUAGAGAGAAAGGAGAGAGAGAAAGACGUAUAUUAUAUAUUAUAUAUAUAGAGAGAGGAGAGGGAGGAGUAAGAAAGGAAGCCAGGACAAUAACUGGGUCAGUAGCGCUGAAGCACAACCUCCCCGCCUGUCCCAACAGGGACUGGCGCCGGGGUUUGAGGCUGCUGACCUGUGCUCUGGUGCAGAUGCUUAGACCCAGCCUUUCACUCAGGACCACCUUGGGGUGUAACAGGGCAUUAGACCCGGAUGACCAUGUAAUUGUUUAGACCUUGCACUUCGACCAGGCAUCUGGCCCCUGGCCCUGGGGAGCAGGGCUUCCCUGGCAACAUCCCCAGAGGCCCAGAACUGGGGAUUCUGGGUACCCAGUGCCCUGACGGUCCCAGCACUGCUGCCAAGUGGCCUUGUCCCAGCUCCUUCCCCCAGGCUGGUGUGAGUGUGCAAGUAUGUAUGCAGAGCUUGUGUUUCAUACUGCAAAUAUAAAUAAAGGAAGACAGCUGAAGAUUCCUGGUGUCAGAGCUCGAGUUCUGGGUUCAGGGUUGGGUGAAUCUGCUCCACA